GCAGGGAUCGGGGCCCGCCUGGGCGCCCAGAAUUCCUGGUGGACCCUUCCUACGUGAACGUGCAAAAUUUGGAGAAGUUGCAGCCGGGCCUCCCGAGCGUGACGUCCAACGGCAGCAUCCAGAGAGACCUCUUUGACAUGAAGCCUUUUGAGGACGCCUUGAGGGCGCCGCUGCCGCCCGCCGCUCCUCCCUCCCAACCGCCAGCUAGCAUGGAGGAGCAACUCCGCCGGGAACCAUGGUAUCACGGACAGAUGAGCCGGAAAGAGUCGGAGAAGCUGCUGCAAGUCAACGGGGAUUUCCUGGUGCGGGAGAGCACCACCACGCCGGGCCAGUAUGUGCUCACCGGGCUGCAGGGAGGACAGCCGAAACACCUGCUCCUUGUCGACCCGGAAGGAGUG